UGUGACUGAUUCCGUUGUGGAGAGAGUAAACAGCGAAUCGACAAACAAGAAGAAAGUGGAAAAUGGAGAACAAGAGGAGGAUAUUCUCCAUGUGUGGAGACGAAGCUGAAGAAACUUGGUGAUGGCGGUGGCAAGUGCAGCUCGGGAUCAUUAUGGUGUCGGCCCUGAUAGUGUAAGAGAUGGAACAAAACGGGGUGAGCAUAUGAAAAAGAAUGGACCUGGGGAUGAACCUUGUCCAGAGGCAUGCUGUGUUCAAUCCAGAUGGCGAUCUACGAAAACGGAGGCAAAGAAAGAGAAAGUGGAUGGAGCAGAGUUAAGCCCCCGCAGGACGACAGCUAUGUCACUGUAUCAGAGAACAGGUCACCGUAAUCCAGACAUGUGGCAGUCCAGAAAGGAGGCAAGGAGAGGCAAAUCACAACGAACUGACAUAAGCUCCCAGGGGGAUGCGGGUGAAUCCUUGGGAUGGGUGAGAGGCAGUGAUGCUCUUGGGUGCAUUACUAGUGGCGCUGUUCGCGAAACCAAUGAAAACAGUCAUCAUAGCCUUCGCUGUACCAAUGGCCCUCUAGGACAAAAGCGAGUUCUCAAUGGGCAGGGAAGAGUCCAUGGGGGUGGUGAUGAUCAUCUGCUGAGGAGUGAGAGGCUGUCAGCUGCCGUAGGAGGAGACAAGGCUGAUCAACGAGGCACAACUGGAAGAAAGGUCACAGAAAUUCUAACCAAUGACAAGUAUCAGCGUGAUAGAGGAGCAGGAGUAGGAGGAGGAAGAGGAGUAGUAGUAGUAGGAGGAGGAGCAGGAGCAACAGGAGGAGAGGGCGCAGGAGGAGGAGAUGAGAAUUUGCAUGCAGUAUCCAAAUGUGCUUUGCAGGAGGGACACUCAGAGGCCCUCGCCAAAGGCAGCUCGUGUGUGAGACAGUUUUUGGAGGAGCUUUGGGAGGAGGAAGCUGAAGCAGUGCUUAUGCGAGUUCGCCGAAGACUGGGGUUAUCCGUGUCCCAGACAGGCUGUUUGGUAUCAGGUGCGGUUGGAGGAGAUGGCGACCGCGGGCGCAACCAUGCCAUAUGGAAUGGCCAAAAUAGUGUUUCCACUCACCGAGACAGUGUAGAAAUUAUCCAUGUUCGGGAUGGGAGCAUUCGAAACGGUGGAGCUGACAUGUGUAAAGCAGCCAUUGGUUCAGUUGGACCUGUCUAUUCUCAUCCUGUCAUUCGUGAGCUGCAGCUGCUUGCUGAUCGAGUGAAGGCUGUCAAAGUCAAGCGGGCUGGACCGCCCAAUAGGGCGUAUGACGGGAAUAGGAUCAGCAGUCAGACUGCAGCAGGUUCAGCUGGAAACACUGGACCUGAUAAAUUGAACGAAAGUAGCGCUUCUUCUGAACCAGGUUCAUCUGGGUCCAAGGAGCCAAACCACCAGAGUGGGAGCAGCUCUCCGUCGGUGCAAUGUCCGUCUGCCCAUAAGGGAAGCAGUCAUCCAAAUAGCCACAGCAAUCUGUCUGUCCGUAAUUCAUCAGAAUUGAAGGAAGGGGAUGGUUUGGCAAGACAUCUCAGUCCCUGUUCACCUGCAGCAGCAUUUCCAACUGUGCAAGCUCCAGUUUUGCAGAGUGGGCGUGGCAGCAAUCUCCUUCCCUUGGCUUCGAAUGGCUUGAAGAAAAAAAACGAAUGGGACAUCAGGAAAGGAGUGCCGGACAUAAAUGUAAUGGAGGAUGAAGCUGGUACAGGAAUCGUCAUGGGAGCGGGUCAGUACGAGGACGAUGUCAGAGGAAGGAGGAACGUGAGGAAGGAGAGUCGGAUGGGCAAAACUGAAAGGGUUGCACUUGACCGACCUAUCACAGGAAGGAAGAUAGAGGAGGGGGGGAAAGGAGGGGAGCCAGAUUGUUGGAAUGACGGAGUGACACCUGAAAACGAGGAGAUCAUCCGGUGCCAUGAUUAUGUGUUGCCAGAGGAUUCGUGGGAGGAGGAGGACGGCGUGAAAAAUCCAGUCAUAAUGGAUGGAAACUGGAAGCAUAUCCAGAAGAAGAUGGUAUCUGAUCAUUUUCAUGAUGCAUUUGAAUCGCUGUCCAACAAGCGCACUGAAUUUGAUGUCGGAAAACAAGCCGUCGUGGAGAAGCAGGAACAGCAGCAGAGGAACACCGCAGUGGCAACCAAAGAGUCUCCCCGUUGGUCCGAUGAGGGGAAGAACCCACUUGGGGUCGUUCUGACGUCAGAAGAAGCAGCACUGCUGGAUGCCCUGGCAGGGGACCGUGGUGGAGGACCCAGUUCCUCCUCAGUCCGUCCAAACAAAGCUGUACAUGGUUGGUCCCCUCGACCACCGAUCAAAGUCGACCGUAUCCGGCAUGUAAGCGAGAAGUUGGGGGUUCUUCAGCUUUCAAAAAAUGAUGAGACUUGUGAAGUACCUGUGACGGUAUCGGAUCUGGCACAAAACUCCGCGGGGGGAAGCUCCAGAAAAUCCAAAUGUCACAAUGAUAAUGAUGAUACCACAUGCAUGCCGUCUGGAAGCACUGAAGAGGGGCAUGGACCCACCUCUCGUCAGCUGCAGCAACGUGGGCAGCAACGGCACUCAAGCUUGCCCAAGGCCAUCACUUCAGCUCACACAAUGGCGGUGAGAGCCAUGGCGAUCGAAGAUGCAGUCCCUUGUGGACUCCUGGAAGAGGGGCCGGGAAUAGGAGGCAGUUUGUCGCCAAGGCAAUCUCUUCGACGAAUGGGUGGCUAUGAAAAUGUCUGGGCUCCUGUGAGUUUUUCUCCCUCAGGUUCAUUAGGAGGCUCAGUUUCAGCAACGAGCAAUGGCACGUGCUCUCAAUUGCUGGCGACGAGGGAUCGUGUCUCUGUUCCGGCAAAUGACAUCCCAGGGCCAUCAUUGGGGAAUGGGGAUUCUAGAUUGAAGACAAAUAAUGCAAGGCUGACGACAGAUACCACCUGUCGUUCGCUGUUUUCGGUGGACCGUCGUGCACUCGGCCAUAAUCACAGCUGUUACAUGCCUGGCUCCCUGGCACAGGAUCUACAGUUUGCAAACAGUACUGUGAUAAUGUCACAGGCAUACAAGCAGCAACUCUCCUCUCUCGUGUCCCAGGCUCUCGAUAACUGGGUCAACAUUAAUGGGUGGGUGAGCACCGUUUGGCUAGCAGGUCAUCCCGAGGGACCGGAACCUGGAGCUGAUGGGGCAAUUUCUCAACCUGAACGAAAAGUUACCCAUGUUGUGAAAAUGGGUGUUACUGCCCGGGAAACGAGGCUAGCACGUGGUCCCGUUGUUUUAGCAGACCCAACCCUAUGUGAGCAGGAGGGUACUUCGGGAGCUCGAACAUCGUCCUUCAACUCUUCCGCAAGGAUGGAUGCACAAACAGUCGCAAUGCCAACUCUUAUGGAUGGACAGGACAGGGUUAGCGGAAAGAGUCUCCAGGCCAGCACACUGGUGCUUCAUGAGCAGAGUGGCAGUGCUGAUGGAAGGGGGGAAUGCAAACCUGUGGAGAAUAUGCAAGUGAAAAGUGCGUCUGUCCUCCAUGGUGCUGGAGUCACAGAAGUGAAAAUAAUCAGAGAAGAUAGUCUGGAAGUGAAAAAAGUUUGUGUACUUCAUGAUCCUGAAAUCAGGGAAGCGAAAACAAUUGGAACGUUCCACUCUUCAUUUGUUGAUGUCCACGGUGCGUGUUCUGCAACCGGUGCUGCUCCUCCCUCUCCUGCAUGCUACUCCAAGAAGAAAGAUGGCAGUGAAGGAAGCCAAAGGGGGGAGGGGGAGGAGGAGGAGGAGGUGGAAGAGGAGAAUGAAAGGGACAAUCGAAGCAUGCUUGGCACGUUGAUCGGUGGCAGCACGCUGCAAUGUUAUGAUAAAUCACGAUGCCACGAGGAGGAGGAGGUGGAAGAGGAGAAUGAAAGGGGCAAUCGAAACAUGCUUGGCUCAUUGAUCGGUGGCAGCAUGCUGCGAUGUUAUGAUAAAUCACGAUGUCACUCUGGGGGGGAUGGAAAACCUCCUCCACAAGCUGUUGGGCAUGAAGAAAGCCAGGCUGGAGAAUCGGCAACCGGAAGGGAUGAAGAUAAACAUACACGUACGAAUCAGCGGAAGGGCACCAGUCGUGAUGAAGAGGGCUUAAACAUCACAGAAAGUGGAAAAGGACAGGGUGGGAGAGCAGGGGCAACAGAGAGCGAGAGAUGUGCUGCUGCAGGAAGUGAGUCAUGGGUGGGCAAGAAAAACAGAGAUUCUGAAGACGAGGAAGUGAUCCAGAGGGAAGGGGAUAGAGGUGUGGAUGGACGAAAGGAAGAAUCAUCCACAGAGGAGAAAGUCUGCGAGAGGGAGUUGGACCAGAAUUCCCGAUUUGCGGGUUCGACAUCGGACAGAGAAGUGGCACUUAGUUGUGGAAACCCUGGCAGAGAUUAUGCAGGAAAAAAUGCUGCAAGAGAAUGUGUGGAUUGUGGGGUUCAGACAUUUGGAAGGGAAGAUCGUCUUCCAGGUGGCAUGAAAAGAAGGCAUCUGGGUGAACAGCCUGAAAAAAGGAAGCUGUCAGAGUCGGUCCAGGGUCAUUUGCAGCUGGGGUUCCGCCUUCUCAGUGGUCUUGGGUGGAGGAUUGAUUAUUCGGGUGGGUCAGGGGGUGGUUGGAAAAUUCUCCUGGAUACUGCCCCGGAUAAAUGCGGGGAUGCUAGUCCCGACGGACAGCUGAAUCCAGAAAGGGACAGCCAAACGAACUUGUUCUGUGCACAGCCUGGGAUAUCCAGUGGUAAUGUGGAUGAACAGAACUAUGACGACGAUGACAAACACGACGGCCGCCUCCAGCAGCUGGAGCAACAACCCGUCACCGCCCUCGUUGCCAGCUCCUCCAACACCUCCGAUCGCCUCAAUGCAUUGGAGAUCGACGUCGGAGCCCUCAAGGACGGCGUGCAGCUACAGCAAACCACCACGCAGCAACUGGAGCAACAGAUCUGUGCUGCCGCCGCCAACUCAAGUUCGGCACCGUGCGAGACGACUCCAAAGUAUGAUGGUCAGGAGAUGUUUUGCGAUUCGACGAAGACGGACCCGAGUCCGUGGUUCCGCAAGUUUGAACUCAAGUUGCAGCUACAUCAUGUCAGCGAGGAAAAGAAACACGCGUACUUAUACUCCCGGUCGGGGGGCGCGUGCCAAGCAUGGUUGGACAAUCUCUUGUCCAUGUACGGGGUGGUAGCUGUCGACUUGUACACCAAGAUCAGCUGGGAUGAUCUAAAGGCGGCGUGGCAUAAGCGGUUCCAAGUAGAGCCGCCGCAGAUCAAGGCAAUGGACAAAUUGCUGACUUUCGAACAAGGCACGCUGUCGAGCGUUGACUGUAUUGCCGAGUACCAACGCUUGACAUCCGUCCCAGACAUUCAGAUGGGCUUCAAGGCCGUCAAACACUACUUCAUCACGAGGUCGUGUUCGACGUUGGGCAACGCCUUGACUCACGCCGAGGACAUCCUGACGACAACGGCGGAGCUUUUUGACAAGGCCACACAGAUCAUUAUCACGAACAAGGAGGCCAAGAACCUCAACUGUUCGUCUGCGACAGGCUUGAGCAAAGAUCAGCAUCAGUCCGGCGCGACUCGCAAUUUCAUGAGCCAAGCCUUUAUGCACAGGGUUGGCCUCGGCGCACAAGUUCGGAGGAAGGCAAACCUGAUGGCGAUCAAGGUGGCAGACGAAAGGACGCAACAACUUAUCGACCGUUACAUUGAGGCCGUACUGGUGUAUUUCGCACCUCAUGCAUGCAAACCGGUGACGUUCGUCAUUUUGGACAUGGACUUCGGUAUCAUUUUGGGAACGGCUUGGCUUGCAAGUGCGGAUCACACGGUCAACUUCCACAGGCGGACUCUUACCAUUCGGGACGCCUUCGGCGUCGAACUGCUGUGUACUAUUCCUCUUCUGCACCCUUCGAUCCGGUGCCAAGUGGUGACGGCCAAGUCGUUUCGGGCUACUUGCGCUUACGAGCGGCCUGAUGAGAUAGGCCUAUGCUUCCUACAAACCGUUGCGGUAGCCGAUUCUUCCCCCACGGACUUAUCUUCGGACCCCCGUGUGGUGCGGUUGCUUGACGAGUUCACCGRCAUCUUCGAGUCACCUACCGGUGUGGUGCCGGAUCGGCCGAUCUCUCACGAGAUCAUUCUUGAGGCUGGUGCCGGCAUCAGUCCGUUGUCGGACAAGAUUCAAGCCAUCCAAGAGUGGCCGGAGCCGCGGAACGUCACGGAUGUCCGUUCGUUCCUUCGCCUUGCCGGCUACUACCAGCGUCUUAUCAAGGGAUACUCGAAGAUGGCGGCCCACUUGACCAAGCUUCAAUGCGAGGAUCGACCGUUUGACUUUGGAGAGGAUGCGCGGGAAUCAUUUUUGGCUCUCAAAGCCGCGCUAUUAUCUGCAGAGGUCUUGCGCGUAUACGACCCGCUAUUGCCAACGCGCUUCACUACGGAUGCGUCCGACUAUGGCAUUGGUGCCGUCCUCGAACAACACGAUGGCGUGGAUUGGCACCCGAUCGAGUACUUCAGCAAGAAAGUGCUCGCCGUGCACUCCAUUAAUGAUGCACGCAAGGAGCUCCUAGCCUUCGUCCACGCAGUCAAGCGGUGGCGGCACAUCCUCCUUGGUCGAAGUCAAUUCCGAUGGGUAACGGACAACAAUCCGUUGGUCUUCUACAAGACCCAAGACACCGUCAAUAGCACCAUCGCCCGUUGGAUGACCUUCAUCGACCAAUUCGACUUCUUUCCCGAUCACAUUCCAGGGAAGUCUAACCGUUUCGCAGAUGCUCUUUCACGGCGUCCGGAUCAUUGUACUGCAGUCUAUUCGACCUUCGAGAUUGACGACGAUCUGCGGGACAGUUUCAUCCGCGGCUACCAAGCCGACCCCGAGUUUCACGACAAGUACGCGAAUUGCUCCUCUCCUAAUCCGGUGCCUUUUCACUACCGGAUCCAAGAGGGGUACUUGCUUGUCCACACUCGGGGGAAGGACCUUCUUUGCGUACCGAGUGACUCUUACUUGCGUACACGGCUUCUUGGCGAGUUCCACGAUGCUCCCGCCACCGGACACUUCGGAGUCAAUCGAACGAUUGGCCGACUUCGCGAGCGCUUUUGGUGGCCCGACCUUCUUGGCGACGUCACACGCUAUUGCGAGUCAUGCGAGGUUUGCCGACUCUGCACAUCCCGCAACCAUCGUUCGUACGGCGAGUUGCGACCAUUACCGGUCCCCUUGCGCCGGAGGGAAGCGAUUGCCAUGGACAUUACCAGGCCGUUCCCCAAGCACAAGACCGGUGUGGAUGGGAUUCUCACUGCUGUCGACCGACUCACCAAGUUCGCUAUGUUUUUGGCUUGCCGCUAUCAUGCUAAGGCACCGGAGUUGGUCUUUAUGCCGGUUGGAUUCCAACCAACGCGGUUCCCGGUACUUCCGUGUAGAAGCGGGGGAGCAAGCGGUGUCAAUAUCGGCAACCCGUGGAAGCAAAAUGUCUACGAAGAUGCGGCCUUUUCGUCCAUCGUGAUGCAACUCGAAUGGAGUCACGUUGAUCGCCUGGUGCACCGAAGUGUUGUAGGCGAACUCGUUGUCGGGGAGCCAGUCAACCCAGUCCUUUUGAUCCGGGCGGAUGAGUGUCCGGAGCAUCAUCUGCGCAGUCUGGUGCGCACGUUCUGUUUGCCCAUCCGUUUGAGGAUGCCGUGUGGAACUCGGUUUCAUGCUGGUGCCGGAUUCCACCAUGAUUGCUGUCCAAAAGGCCGACAUGAAACCAGUGUCGUGGUCGCUGACAAUGUCUUCCGGAACGCCGUGGCUGCAAAACUAGCGGGUGUGCAAGAGUCGUGCGAGCUCGGGAGCCGUCGAGGGUACUUGCUCAAACGGUCGACGGCCGUGAGAAUACCAUCAUGCCCAAGGCGAUCGUGGGGGAAAGGACCGGUCACGUCCAUAGCAAUGGAGAGACCUGGUUCCCGAGGAAUCGACAAUGGUUUCAGUUCGCCGUACGCCGUCGCCACGACGGCUUAUUUCAGGUUUUGCGGCUUCGGGAUGAUUUAUUUUCAAGUCUGGAGACUGCCGCGGUGGUCUGUCUCAGGCCCGGAACCUGGACGACAGGUUAUUCCAGGUUCGGUGCUAUCACAGGAGAUUGUGAGGGACAUGUCCUUGCGGUUGCAAAUGGAGCCAGAGGUCGAAGGGGGAGCGAUCUCUCUGGCUGGUUGGAUGAAGGAUAAAAGUGAGGACACGAUGGAGAUCAUCUGGGAGCUGGAGGAGGGGCCGGAUCCUCGGUUUGACGUCUGCAUCGAUUGGAGGAGGGCAGAUGGCAUCAUGGCUGUCUGCAAAACCCUCUUCAAUGAGGGUCGCGAUCUGUAUGCUCUUCUCGAAGACCGGUUGGAGAGCGUUAUUGAUCGUGACGAGGCGCACGUGGCAAUGGAGGUGAAAGAGCUGUUCGCAGAGCUUUUACCGGGAGGAGAUGAGGGUUGUCCGCCUGGCAAACAGCUGUCACCUGCUCUGGAUGGAGUCAAUGAAUCCCACGGACAGGAAAGGGAGAGUGUACAGAGUGAGAAUGAGGUGGUGGAGAGAGGGGAAAACGAGGUGCACCAUAACCUAGGUACUGAUGACAAAGGGCAGUAUCUGGAUGCGCAGCUACAACUGCAAUUACAACACCAGAGCCUUAUCUAUAAAUCCACAGUGGUGAUCGGUACUGGAGCUCCUGUGAUGAAUGAUGAGGGGUUAGAUCUGGAGGAGGAGGACAAUUCGCCAUCAUCACCCGCAACACCUACGCAAGUGGCAGGAUGUCCAUGCAUCGACAUCAACAGAAACAACAACAACAACAACAAUAACAACAACAGCAACAACAACAACAACAACAACAACAACAACAAAAUCAACAUUAAUGGCAACAACGACAAUAUCUCUGCUGCUGCUGCCGGUCCCUUUCAUUGCGAUUCUGGCGAUAACGACAAUAUCAUUGCUGCUGCUGCCGGUCCUUUUGAUGGCGAUUCUGGCGACAUUGGCGGCAUCAUCAGUCAUGACAGGGGGCUAGCUGGUAGGAUUGGAAUAGGGUAUAGCAGCAGUAGAGAUGGUGGCUCUGCUGCAGGAAGAACACCCUUCGACAAAGCACUUGGAGUGAUGAUGGCAAGUUUCUUAAUACCCGAAAUUUUCCUCGCAAGCUUUGCGCUGCGGCGCCUAGUGAAGAGCCAGAUCCUCAAGUACUACCUCGAGGAUUACGACGAUGAGGACAAUUCUGCCACGCGUAAGAUCGAGUUGGUGAAUCCAUCAGACACACAGGAGGACUACUUCUGAGGGCAUACUCACAUCAGGACGUUUUUUCUACUUAUUUAUGGAUGCGCUUGCAGUCAGAUACAUCCAGGUCCGGGCAUAAAUGUGGUCCCGCGCAUGUAAGAUGGCAUUCGUGUGAGAGGAGGCCAUGAGACUCGGCAGCAGCCAGGCCGUGGAAAACUCUUUGGUGAAUGGAUUAUUGCUGUUGUAAUUAGAAAAAGAUAAAAAGAAAAAAAACAUUGCCAUAUCCAUCUCGGAUUUCCCCAGGAUAU